CGGACACCUCGUACUGCACACGUAGCUGUCAGAGGACCAGGGGGGUGGUGGACUCAGGUCUCAUCCGCCAUGGAGCUGACCAGCCCCUGCUCCAGCUUUCAAUCAGACUUGGAUUUCUGCCCAGAUUGCGGCUCUGUGCUGCCGCUGCCUGGAGCUCAGGAUACUGUCGUCUGCCCUCGCUGUGGCUUCUGCAUAGACGUGCGAGAUUUCGAAGGGAAAGUUGUGAAGACCUCAGUUGUGUUCCACAAACUGGGGGCAGCCAUACCUACGUCUGUGGACGAGGGACCUGAAUCCCAGGGACCAGUGGUUGACAGGCGCUGCCCUCGAUGUGGUCAUGAGGGAAUGGCAUACCACACCAGACAGAUGCGCUCAGCUGAUGAAGGACAGACUGUCUUCUAUACCUGUAUCAAUUGCAAGUUUCAGGAAAAGGAAGAUUCUUGACCUUUUUUUCUGGCAACUCAGCAACACUCCUCCUCCUCUUGGAAGGUGAAGACAUCGGUCCUUUGAUGACUUAUCCUUCCCCUCUGGUGCCUUGUUUUCAGAAUAAGAUCUUCACCCCCAGAGCACUCCUUCCCCCAGUUGAAUUUACUAAAGUUAUAUUUUUAUGAAA